AUGUAUGAACUAUAUCGGCAGAUCAAAGAUUCCCGUUUUUCCAACUGGCUUGAUGUUGCUGUGGGCGUAUCAAUUACAACAAAAGGAAUAUCAGACUAUCUGGAAGCCACUAUCGUGUCUUUACAUCACGAUAUAAAAUAUGGAGCAUGCGCAGGACUGCCGAAUUGUAGACAUAACUGUAGCAGGACUGAACAGAACCUUUCUUCGUGGUGUCCUACAUGUAAGGACUGGAAGAAACAAAUCAUGCUGCACAACAAAUACAAAACGAGAGACAGACAGAUCAAGUGGAGUGAGAUCAAUUCUUCGCAAUGGCCAUAUGAUAUCAACGAAAUGGUAAAAGUGUUCGCCCCUGAUUGGUGGAAAGCUAGGACACCUUACACAGAAGACCUAUCUGUAGCUUUGCAUGUGUUUCAUAACUGUAAGAAAUUUAACAUUCUUUUCGAACCUUGUCAACGUGUACGAGGUGUAAGGAAUGCUCUUUUUGCACAUGGACAACUUGAAGCAUCAGAUAUUGAAAAGAAACAGGCUUUGAUAGUCCUAGUUGCAUUUCUUAAACAACCGGAAAUUUCUAGAACAGUAUCCGGUAAACUCGCCAUUUCACAGCUAAAAAGAUUAAGGUCCAAUAGUGUCAUCAAUCUGAUAACCAAGGAGGAAUCUUUCAAACAACACCUAGCCAAAGCUCUUAACCCUAUAAAUAUGGAGGAUACCUCAAUGCUUGGCCAAAAUGACAUCAUCCAGGAAAUGAGAUUGCAAUUAUAUAAACCUAAGGAGGAUAUUGUAAAUAGAAUAUCGCGACGGCCAGCGGCACUAAUUGGAGUGUUUGUACUUUCACUUCUCCUGUUUACAUUCCUGUUUACGUUUUACUGGAACAAGUCCGUUAAUACAGGAUUAAAAGAAAAAGAUUGUCUGCCGAUGACUUUUUCUAGCCCCUGUCCUUGGAAACCUGAUUUCACCUUCGACAGCUAUCUUAGCGAUAGAUCCACUCUAUUCGGACGGAAGUGGCUCAUCAACAAAAUUCAGUUCUCGUUAAUGGCUACAUCAUUGAGAGGUAUCAUGCUCACUGCGGAAAUGGGAUACGGUAAAUCUACUUUAGUAUCUAAUCUACUUUGUGACGAUGAACUGUUUGGUGGUUCUAGAUUACACAAGUACGUGUUAUCAUAUCAUAUCUGUAAAUUUGAUGUAAUCAGCACACAGAAACCAGAGUAUUUUAUCAAAAAUCUCGUUGGUAUGUUGAUAAGUAAAUUGCCAGAGGCAGGAAAUGCCAUUUUGACUGAUGAACUAGCGAUGAGGUUUUUACAAACCAGUAAAUGUGCGGAGGAUCCUGUUGGUUGUAUUGAUGUCGCAAUCAUUCAUCCUUUACGCACACUAACAUUUAAUGAGGAAAGGUAUGUUAUCAUUGACGCAAUGGAUGAAUGUGGAGAAUCUGCCGCCAUUACUAUGUCUCUUCUCGAUGUUUUGUCUAAAAGAAUUAGUAAAUUGCCAUGGUGGCUAAAAUUCUUUAUAACAUCUAGAGACAUAAACAGAGUAACGAGUAAAUUGCCUGGAAUGCAAUUACUUCAUGAAACUUCCAAAAAUAACCAGAAUCGAAAAGAUAUCGCCAUGUUUAUCGAUAGCGUUAUGUCCAUACACCAAACAUCAUUAACACGAUUGUUUGGAGAAUAUAUUGAUACUAAGAAGGUAAGAAAACACAUUUUAAGGAUAGGUGGAUCAAAUUUUUUAUAUGUAGACCUCGCUGUUAAAUUUUGGAUUGAAUCACCGCACAGCAAAUUGUCAGAUAUUCCUCAAUCUCUUAAUGAGUUUUAUGCUAUGAAUUUAGAUCGUGUUUUUGGCGAUAAUGAACACUUGUAUGGCCUUGCCAGAAAUGUGUUCGAGGUGUUAUGCAUUUCAUAUCAGGGAUUAGAACUGGAGGAAUUAGAAGCUAUUUUAAAUGUAACAGCAUAUCCAUAUGAACUGAGAAAUCUUCUUGGAAACCAAAUUGCGCAUUUCGUCACACACAAACAUUACAUAAGAAUAUAUCACAAAGCCAUUUGUGAUUAUCUUACUAAUAACGGUUCUGCCUAUCAUAAGUAUCAUAUUUCUAUCUCUAACGGCCACACACUCUUUGCAAAUUAUCUUUUAAGGGAAUACAACAAUAGUAUUGAAAACAUUCUUGAUCUGUUCAUUCACGUCGCCGAGUCAAAAGAUUCUGAUCUCCUACAUUCUCUCCAACAUAGCAAUUAUUUUCUGAGAAUGAAUUUGUCUUCGAUCAAACAUCUUCAUCAAAUGGCCAAAACUAGAAAUUCCUUUCUGGGUACCAAAUUACUAAUCAGAGCUCUUGGGCGACAACAUAUCGAUAGCUUAACAUCCGCCAACGUUACAGCUACUUUUCUCGCGGCGGCAUUUGGAAAUUCGGAAACUCUUCGAGCGUUGAUUGACGAGAACGGAAACUAUUCGUUCAGAGUAGCAAAUCCUCCAAACAAAGGGGGAUUAGAAGACGCGGUCAAUCACUGUAAAUAUAAAACAUUGUGGGGAUAUGGUUUACUAGAUAUCGCAUCUCAAAAUGGACAUACAGAGGUAAUUAAUUUGUUAUUGGCUAAAAAUCAGACAUUGCUUUAUUCUAAAAAUGGACUAGGUCUUACUGCUGUUCAUUUAGCUGCCGAACAUGGCCAUGUACAUAUUUUAGAUACGUUUUUGGAAAAAGAUAAUACUCAAGCCGAUCACCAUUCGCUUUAUUUGGCAUCUAAGAAUGGUCAUCUUUUAUCUGUUAAAACCCUGUUAAGACACGGUGUUAAGGAUUCGUGUGUUUGCUGUGGAGAUAAAUUACAUUGGAUAAGUAAUAACACGAAAAGAAUGCAGUGGCAUCCGUGUUAUAAUACAAGUGAUGGGAUUCAAUGUGUAACAUAUAUAGAGGAUGAAAAUGCUACGUUUGUUCUAAAUGACGAUUUGCGAUUAGUGAAAUGUACAACCGCAUUAGAAAUUGCCUUGCAAAAUGGCUACAACAAAAUCGCAUCUCAUCUACUUUUACAAAUUCCAAAUGCCCUCUCUUGUCGGGAGUAUGGGGGGAGGACUGCAUUUCUUACAGCAGUUAAAUAUAAUCAAUCCGAUGUAGUCGAUAUCAUGCUAAAGAAAGGAGCAAAUGUUACCGACAAAUGUGAACGGGCAUUUAAUGUAACCGUAAGAUAUUCCUUGAGUUUUUUCAGUGUCAAUGAGAUAAUCGCGUUAGAGAAUGAUAUGUGUCCACUAGGGACAACAGUAGAACAUUUCGUCGCAACGAGUGGUAAUAAAGAUAUAGCUGAGCGUUUGCGUAAUAAAGGUAUCUAUUUGAAUUGGAGAGUCCAAGAUGAAUCGGGUAAUACGCCAUUACAUUAUGCAGCUUGUAAUAAUGAGUGGGAAAUGCUUAUCUAUAUGAUAAAUACUGGGAAUGGCGAUAUAUAUCUGGAAGCGAAAAACGGAUCGCUGCCGAUACAUUCUGCCGUUCUUUGUAAUGCGAUUAUGUCGUAUGCUGCUCUUCAACAAUAUCAUGUAAGAUCAAACAGAAUACUGAUAGACAAUGAAGGCAGAGAGGAGAUGUUUAAUGUUCUAAAAUCCAAAACUAUGAGGUUUUGGGAUACAUGUUACGACAGAGAUGGUUACAAUAUACUUCAUCAUGCAGUUAUGGGUGGUAACUAUGAGACAGUGAAAUUCUUGCUUAGUAAUGGUCUGACGCUUAGUGGACCUCCUUUAUCUAAAGUUACUGAUCUGAUUUCCCUUGGUGUGACACAUGCAGAUAUAUAUGAAUAUGGUCACUUAGAAUCACGUCCUUGGAUGCAUGACUGUAAGUUAUUGAAUGUGUUUAGCUGGGUUUUCCGCCCUGUCAACAGCGGCGAGUCCUACGCUCUGAACCCUACCUAA